UAUCUGUCACUCACCUUUCAUGUCAUUUAAAAAUUCUUUACUUUAUUAAAAUGGCAUCUACAUUAGUUGUAGCUGGAAUUGGAUUAGCUAUUGCCGGCUAUGCUGGGAGAUAUUUACCUCAAUUAUCUAGACCAAUAAUAAAUUCCUUACAAAAUAAAAUUAAAAACUUUUCACCUCAAUCAUUAACUAAAUAUUACCAAGGAGGUUUUGAUCGAAAUAUGACUAAAAGAGAAGCCUCAUUGAUACUUGGAGUAAGUCAAAAUGCAAGUAGGGCAAAGGUGAAAGAAGCACAUAUUAAAAUAAUGCAAUUAAAUCAUCCGGAUAAAGGAGGAUCACCUUUAAUAGCUGCAAAAAUUAACGAGGCAAAAGAUUUAUUAGAGUCAAAAUAAUAUAUAAUUGUUGAUAAUAUGUAAAAUUAUUUAUGAUGUUUAUGUUCUUGGAUAUUUAUAUAUAUGCCAAAUUUGGUUCAGAAAAUCAGAA